GACAUCAUCCAGUGGAGAUCUAUUGUUGGUGAGGGGUGAGCUCAUCAUUUGGAUCUGAGCUGAGGACGUAGCAGCAGCAGAGGAGAGACAGUCUGCAAAGCCGCUUUGGGCUUCUGCUACGAGAAGACGAGCCCAGUGACUGUCGACGGGGCCACUGACGGUAUGGUUUGGUCCCGGGAGGGAGACGCAGAGCGGCCUCCGCUGUCUGUUAUCCUGCCGCAGCUCUACCUUGGAGCGGAGGGCGACGUGACGCAGGACCGCUUGGCCUCUCUGGGUAUUUCCUACGUACUGAAUGUGAGCCGCUGCAGUCCCCAGCCCUCCUUUCUGCCCCACUCUAGAUAUCUUCGCAUCCCCAUUGACGACUCCCUGUGGGAUGACCUGCUGCCCUGGAUACCACAGGCAUUGCAGUUCAUUGAUUUAGCCAUGUCCUCUGGUGCAUCUGUGUUGGUUCACUGUGCAGCAGGAGUCUCUCGCUCCCCGGCUCUGGCUGUAGCUUACAUCAUGUACAGCCUAGAAAUGGAUCUGGACCGGGCUUACAGGUUUGUGAAAGAACGCCGACCCUCCAUUUCCCCAAACUUCAACUUCCUGGGUCAGCUACAGCACUUCCAGGGUACUCUGAACCAGAAGGCCUCUGGUGGCAACCUCUUUGUCCAGCAGCCGGAUAUUCACCUGCCAUCUAUAAAUGACAAUAUUAACUACACUGUGAACAUAAAUUAUCAGGCCACUAGCAACUCAGCAGAGGUCAAACAGACACACGCAGAGAAUUCCUACCAAACAAACACAACUCUGCAGAGACACUCACGUUCAGAUAGAAGGGGAAAACAGCAGCUUUCCCUGUCAGGGAAACUCCGGGCUCUUCAUUUUACUUGCCAUCAAAAUCAGCAACUCCAGGAGAUAUGUGAGGUUUCAGCACAAAGCCCAUGUGUGCCAUUCAAACCAGCAGCAAAGCACACACCACUACAACUCCCAGCAGGCUCUGCUUCUCUACUAGAGAAACGCAAAAGCCUCACCCUCUCUUUGACCCCACUGGAAAUUUGCCCUCAGUCCCCAGCAAGCAGCAGCCAGCAAACAAAGGAUAACACCCCAUUCAAAACUGUCCACAAUAGAGAAAUGAGAGAAAGGCCUGAGGCGAAGACACAGGGUAACACUUGCUCCCACAGGCAGGCUGAGGACAUCCACGAGGAGCAGAGUCCCUCCCACACAAAGUGUAGUAGAGCUGAGGUGAAGGAGCAGAGUCUGUUGUCACCACUCAGCUUUGCCCUCAACAAGCUCCUGGACUGGGGGGAGAGGGUGCUGCCAAAAGGGGUGUUUUUCCAUCCUGUAAGGAUGGGACAGCCUGCACUGCCACACAACUGCUGAGAGUGCUGGGACGCACUGUUUGUUCGCACAUAUUUGUGAAAAGGAACCAAACUAUACAUGUGAUGUAGUUACAUAGACGAUGUCUGUCAAAAUGUUUGUCUGCAAUUUAUUUAUUUAUAUAUUUAUUGCAAAACUGGAUGCAGUAUAGCUAUAUUUACAAUAAACCUCCACACAUAUGCAUUUUUUGACAAUAGUCAUCUUGUCAUUUGUAAGAUGCAGUUAUUUUAAAAGACUCUGAAAAACUUUUGAACAAUGGCUUGGAAUGUAUUUGCUGAUGAUUAAAAAUGAUAUUUCCACUUUG